UCAUUAUAGUUUGGUAUUUUUUUACGGAAUCAUGAAAGUUAUUUACAGCUGCGCGUGUGUGUUUGUGUAACGAGCCUGAACCGUGAGUCUCGACUCAGUGAGAAUCAUUUCCGUCACGACCGAGGUGAGCUCGUCUCUCAGUCAGCUGCAGUGAGAGAAGACAUGCUGUGUGCUGCAAAGUUCCUCCUCUCCAAACUGAUCUCUCCACUCUGGAGGGAAGUGCAGGAAGAAGAGGAUGGUUUGUAUUACAGCACAGGUAUGGAGGAGAUACGGCGAAUGCAAGGAGGUGUGGUCACUCAGCUAUGUCAGGAUUAUGGCCUGAUUGACCAUUCUGUAUACUUUACCGCUGCAGUUGUGCUGGGAGGAGUUCCCUUGCGCGUGGGUGAUGCUGUUAACGCUCUGGCUGUUCGAGACGGAGCCCAUGGGGGGUGGAGGGCAUUAAGGGUGGAGCGACAGCUGGAUACAUGGGACGGAGAUGGCGCCUCACUUGAAGCAGAUGCUAAUAAGCUCCGGUGUCUGAUUGGAACAGUAACAUCAUAUGAUAAUGAUGGUGGCCAUAUAAAUCAGACAACAUAUUUUCCCAGAUCUGCUCUGUGUGAAGGUUUUGAGCCUAUGAAAGGAGACUGGGUAAAGGCAGAGUACUCCAUUAGCACUGAGUGGACCAGCCAGGUUCGAACUGUUGCCCCACUAAGAUACCAGCGCAUAGACCAAGUCAGUUCAAAUGCGUGUGUGUCCACUGUGUUUGGCAGUGGUGGGGUUGUGGGAGACGGCGUGUUUUUUAGUUUGGAUUCUCUACUGUUGCCUGCUGGGUACAAGCCCACACGAGGAGAUGUAGUGAGUGUUGUGGUGGUGGAGAGCAAUCAGUCGUUGUAUUGCUGGAGAGCCCUUUGUAUGUCCCCCAUUAAUAAACUCAGUGUGAAUGGGUCAGUGAUGGUCUUGCCAGAGGCUGAAAUCCAGAAACUGCAGGAAAAUAAGGCAGGACUGGUAGUCAGUGAGGAAACACAGUUUGGAUCGUUGUUGCUGGGAGAGAGUAAAGAGCUGCCCAUCUUUCUUCACAAUACUGGUUCAGAGACCCAUGAACUGAAGUGCUGUGAAUUUGCUGGCUGGGACUCUGAGGAGCAGUUUUCGUUUGGACCAAAGCCUCAUUAUGCCAACGCUAACAUUCUAUCAAAACCCAACCUUCAACAAGCCAUGCCUGCUAACCCCCACAUGAGCUUCAUCAGAGCACCAGGCAGCGGCCUUAUAACAAGGCGUGGCUGCUAUUUGUUGCGCAAUCCUUCCUUUGUGCAUGUGGAGAAAAAUGGGGAAAGACAUAAAAACAGUGUUGAGUUAGAUGUUGAUGACAAGGUUGCAGAUGAUGGAGAGAAGAAUGCUGAGGAGGCAACAAAUCUGCGGGCAAUAGAGAGAAAUCUAAAAAUAUUACCUGGAGAGCAGGUGUCAAUCACUGUAGGGUGCCAGGCUAAGAACCUCGGCCGCUGUGCAGAGCUGCUGUUGAUGCACUUCUCCUCGUUUACCAUCGGGCGGCGCUUGGAGGUUGAUGUGAGCAGCGUGGAGGAGAAGUUGUUGAAGCCCAGUGCCCCCUACUGUCCAGCAGCCAUGUUAUCACAACCACCACCAGCACAGACCCCUGGUCAUGUGGUCACUGUCAUGCCUCCCGCACCUCCAGUCAGACUAGUGAGACGGCAUCUACCUAAUUUCCUGGGGAACUAUCCAGUGCCACAGGCUUUGAGAGAUUGUGUGGAGGCUAGCAGCGAUGUGCUCGUAGUUCAGCCUGCUCUUGGGGAGCCAUUGUGUCCUUCCUCUAUGUUGCCUCGGUUCUCUGCCUUGCUUUGGCUGGAGGAACUGCAGGCUGAAAGAGAGCUCAGAGAGUUCAAUAUUACUGGUGCCAUUUUAAAAAAGGGGGCAGGGUACCUCCACCUGGAGGUACCUGGAUUAAGUGAAGGAAGGCCUAGUCUUUUCACAGGAGAUAAACUUGUUCUGAAGAAGCCAUGCAAUGGAGGGUUUAGUCUGGAGUAUAUCGCUUAUGUGAUUGAGAUCAGUGAGGAAGAUUUAAGUUUGCGGGUGAACACAGAUUUAUUGAAUAGCUACCUGGGGGAGCCUCUGGAUGUAGAGUUUACAUACAACAGGUUGACUAUGAAAAGAUGCCACAGUGCUCUGGAACAGGCUAAGCACUUUGGAGAAAAUGUGCUGUUUCCUAGAUAUUUGCAGCUGCAGAGCCCCUUGUGGACAGGUGCUUGGGAGCCUGAAACAUCACCUAAACAGGAUGGUGACAAAACAACCCAAGAAGAUGAAAAGGAUGGAGAAAAACCCAGUGAGAGCAGUAGAAAGCCAUCUUCCCUUACUAUGGACAUGGUCUCUGUGGCAACACAGACAAAAACAGAUUUGUGCACAAAGCCUAAACCCAUCCCAGACCCAGGGAGAUUCUUUAACUGUAACCUAAACCCUGCUCAGAAGGAGGCAGUCAAACGCAUUCUCAGGGGAGAGUGUCGCCCCACUCCAUAUGUCCUCUUUGGCCCUCCAGGCACAGGCAAAACCAUCACACUCAUCGAAGCCAUACUGCAGGUGUACUACCGUUUGCCAGGGAGUCGUAUUUUGGUAUGCACUCCUUCUAACAGUGCUGCAGAUCUCAUCUGUAUCCUCCUGCAUGAGAGUGGCUACCUGCAGGGUGCCAGCCUGGCACGGGUCAAUGCCACCUGUAGGAUGGAGGAGUUUAUCCCUGAGGUGUUAAAACCGUACUCUCAUGCUGGAGAGGAUGUACGAAAUGCUUCUUUCCACCGAAUUGUUGUCAGCACCCUGUCCAGUGCUGGCAUGUUUUACCAAAUAGGCUUACGUGUUGGCCAUUUUACCCACGUGUUUUUGGAUGAGGCUGGUCAAGCUACUGAGCCUGAGUCUCUGAUUCCUCUUGGACUUGUGUUUGAGAAGACGGGCCAGAUCGUCCUGGCUGGAGACCCAAAGCAGCUGGGUCCUGUAGUGAAGUCUAAACUAGCUGAAGCUUUUGGAUUGGGAGUGUCCUUGCUUGAGAGACUGAUGGCCACCCAACUGUAUUCUUGCACUGAGAAGGGCUACAACCCGUUACUGGUGACUAAGCUGGUAUAUAACUACCGCUCCCAUGAGGUGUUGCUGGAGCUACCGUCCCGGCUGUUUUACGGUGGUGAGCUGUGUGUACGCUCCCAGAGAGCUGUCGUCGACUCCCUGUGUCACUGGAGCCGCCUUCCUACCAAGGGGUUUCCUCUCAUCUUUCACGGAGUCCGGGGCACAGAGAUGAGGGAGGGCAGCAACCCAUCCUGGUUUAACCCUGGAGAAGCAGUGCAGGCCAUGUUUUACUGCUGCCAGCUGGCAAAAAAACUCUACAAGCCCAUACCAGUUACAGACAUUGGCAUCAUUGCACCUUACAAAAAACAGGUGGAAAAAAUUCGACUGCUGUUGCACAGGGUUGGGCUUGCUGAUAUUAAGGUUGGCUCAGUUGAGGAAUUCCAGGGACAGGAGUUCUUGGUCAUUAUCCUCUCUACGGUUCGUUCCAAUGAAGAGCUACCAAGCAAUGAUCUGCAGAAUGCCCUGGGAUUUCUGUCCAACCCCAAGCGCUUCAAUGUGGCCAUCACACGCCCAAAAGCUCUUCUCAUCAUCAUUGGCAACCCACACGUGCUAAUCAAGGACCCAUGUUUUCAUGCACUGCUGCAGUAUGCAUAUGAGAAUGGUGCUUUCCUUGGCUGUGACCCUCCUGUCUCCCUCCAAGCUGAUGAGAGGGCUGCUUCAAAAGAUAGGGAAUAGAAGUUUCAAGCAGAAUUCUGAACUGAAUAUGCUAUAAAGUCAUGUUGUAUAGAAAUAAUAAAUAAAUGUUUAUAAAUUUAAAAACAUAAUUUGUUUGCGAUUAGUUACAUCACAGUUGUUGCACAACCUGCAAGCACUGCAUCAUAGUGUAUGUUGUUUUAAAAAACUGUUAUAGGUUGAUAGUUUUUUUUUUUGUAUGCAACUUUAAGCAAAGGUUUAUACUUGAAAGUACUUAGAUGAUCCUUUGUUAAGAUUUAUUCUAACACUCAUUCACAUUUUUAAAAUGAUGGUUUCUGGUUUCAUACAUAAAGGUCUGUCUCACUGUGUGGUUUGAGACCACUUUCAGAGUCAGAGAGUCUGUAGUUGCAGACAGUCCUACGUCUGAACGUCUCGGUGUGGCAGCGUCUCCAUGACCGAGUCUGGAUACGACAAUUGAGUGUCAGUAACUUUUUGUAGAGACAGAGUGAAGAAAGACACUAUGAGACUAGACAUGGGGAUCUGUACAUAUGUUUCAGUAAUUUGCAGACUGUUUAGAUUCAGGUCUAUAGUCAGAAACAUGAUUUUGUUUAAAAGAGAAAAAGGAUAAAUGUGUUCAGGCUUUUUGCAAAGAUGAUGUUGGGAUUUUUUCAUUAUGUCUUAGUUAACAUGAAGGAAGCUCAGUUUGUGUAACACAAGCAUGUCAGAUAGGUUGUAAUGAUUCAGGUGGAGACUGCUUUAAUCAGAGUGGGCCUGACUGCAUGCCUCCUCUUUGAAGUAAAACUCUGGUGUGAGUAAGCUGAUUGAAACCAGUCUGACACUCAGGUGUGUGUGCUUGUGUUUAUGGGUCUUCUGUGUUCCUGGUACCCUUAACUGAGACUGAUCAGUUUUGUGUUCAUUUAAGUAAUUAUUAAAAUGUUUUGUUUAUAAUUAAAGCUCUGAAGUAUA